GUCCACAGCUAGAAGGUCGAUGUGUACUUAAAGCUUUCGAGUCUGUCCUUGAGGUACGAUAAAAUGACGGAGGACGGUGAACAAGAAGGACCGAAAAGUACAUUUAGUACCUAUAUGGCUGAAGGUGACCAGCUGUUUUACAAGGGAGAGUUUGUCAAAGCUAUCGAGAGCUUUUCUACGGCUUUAAAUUUACAGCCGGAUGAUAAGAACUGUCUGGUCGCCAGAUCCAGGUGUUAUGUGAAACUGGGCGAUGCAAAGCGCGCGCUGCAAGAUGCCGAGGCUUCCCUCAAGGACAACAAAGAGUUUUUUAAGGGUCUGUAUCAGAAGGCAGAGGCCCUGUACACUAUGGGUGAUUUUGAGUUUGCAUUGGUCUACUAUCACAGAGGCCAUAAGCUACGACCGGAGUUGCAGGAGUUCAGGCUGGGAAUCCAGAAAGCUCAAGAGGCCAUCGACAACUCUGUAGGCAGUCCCUCCUCUGUGAAGUUAAAGACUAAAGGAGACCUGUCUGUUAUUCAAAAAUCUAAUGGGGUUCAUCCCAAACAUCCAAUUCAUUCUCAUAAGAAGCACCCCAGACAACAUGGCCAGAAAGUACCCAAAAUUGAAAAAACAGCCAAGCAGCUUUUGGGAGAGCUGUACAACGACAGGGAAUACUUAGAAAAACUUCUCCAGGAUGAGGAUCUCAUAAAAGGUAAGAUACGCACUGGAGAGAACGUACAGGAUCUGAUUGAAGGCUGUAUCUCGUAUCUGGACACGCGAACUGAGUUCUGGCAGCAGCAGAAGCCCAUCUAUGCACGGCAGCGGGACAGAAGACUGAUGCAACAGCAAUGGAAUCGUGCCUUUCACAACCCCACCUCAAACCCCGGUCCCUAUUGCGAAACCCGCCUGGAAGAAAUCGAUGCAGCCUUCAGUGCAGGCAAUGUAGAUAGCAGCCUAAAAAUGGCCCAUGAGCUCAUGAAGACCGUGCAUACCAUGUCAGACAAGGUCCUGCUCAAUAAAAAAGAAGUGCUGGGGAAUCUGCAUAACUGCAUUGGCAAUGCCCUGAUGGAUAUUGGGAAAAUGGAAAAAGCUCUGUAUCAUUAUAAGAAGGAGCUGGAGUUGGCCAAGCAAGGCGACCAGACAGAAAGCAAAUCCAGAGCUCUGGACAACAUCGGACGCGUGUAUGCACGCAUUGGCAAGUUUCAACAGGCCAUUGAAGUCUGGGAGGAGAGGGUUCCUCUAGUAAGUGACCCAUUAGAAAAAACCUGGUUGUUUCAUGAGACUGGCCGCUGUUAUCUGGAGCUGAAGCGUUAUGCUGAAGCGAGAGACUAUGGUCUUCUCUCUUCCGAGGCCGCUGAUGAGACCAGCGAUAUGAGAUGGCAGCUAAACGCGAUUGUGCUUGUGGCACAGGCAGAAUUGAAGCUUGGUAACUACACGGCCAGUGUUGUACACUUUGAGAGGGCACUAGACUGGGCAAACGUGCUACAGGAUGACACUGCCAUAGAAGGCAUACAGAAGGCUCUUCGCGAGGCAAGAGAAGGAAUGACUCAGUAAGACGAGAAACCCGAUUGAAUAAUAGUGCUGCAAUCGAAUAAAUGCACUUCAAAGACAAGUCAGGACUAAUGCAUCUUUACUGACACACAUACACAACCAGUCUGCUUGAGGAAAAGUGCGUUGGAUUGCAGUUUGUUAUGACUGUUUAAAGGUAAACUGUGUAAUUUGUGCGACUCCAGCGGCAUCAAAGUGAAUUGCAAAAAUUAAGUAUGUCUUAAAAUAACUUUCACCUACACCCCAUCACCAUAUCAGGCCCUGACCAGAGAGAUUUCAGAAAAGGAAGUGUUAUUGGUGGAAAUGUGAUUUGUCUUUUAUAAAGUAACUGUGAAGAUGCAUAUUCAGGUGUAUCUUUCCCAUUGUAAAUCCAAUGCUUAUUGUAGUAUUAAGUUGUUUUAUUGCUUUUUUUGUCCUUAAACAAGUAUUUAUAAUUUGGCCUUUCAUUUGACAGCUUAAGUGCAUUUGUUUGUCUGCUGUAAUUAAUCUGCAAUUGGUUGCCAGUCAGCUCCUAUUUUUGCUAGAUACGUCCCAAAUUCAAAUAAUAAGUUAACUCGAAAGUGACGCAGCGGGUUCUGAGCAGUUGCUUCAGGUUCUGAGCUACAAUGUUUAUACUUUUAUAAAAGGUAAACCCACUGAUGUCUUACUGAUAUUAUAUAAUAUUAAUAACAAAAUGUAUCUCACUAAAAAGUUAAUCAUUACCUUUAAUAACAGCCUUUUGUGUGCUUAAAUGUUUUGCAUAGUGUUACAUAAAUAACCUGUCACAGUUACAGAGGUAAAACAAAUCAUGUUAGAUAUUUGUGAUGCCUUUGCCUAAUGAUGUUGCCCAGGUACUGUUUAAUGUUUUGCAAUAAACAUGCAUGGUGUGAACACAUUAUGUUACAAUAAAGUUUUUGAAGUUGCAGUUAAAU